UAUGAAAAUGCGAUCAAUUCUCUAGUCAAUACCUAAUUCCGAAGCUCCCAACGGCAAUGGAAACCAUUUAUCUUCUCUCCGCCUGUUUCGUCCUCGCCACCGUCCACUCCGCCGCAUCGCCACCUCUCCUCGGCGUUCACCCCCUCGAUGCGAAGUACUUCGCUUCCGAGGUGAUAAAGUGCAAGGACGGCUCCAAAGCCUUCGACCGGGCUCGUCUCAACGACGAUUACUGUGAUUGCGCCGAUGGGACGGAUGAGCCCGGGACUUCUGCCUGUCCAGCAGGAAAAUUUUAUUGUAAAAAUUUAGGGAGUACACCACAAUUUAUUUUUUCCUCUCGCAUUAAUGACCGUAUUUGUGAUUGCUGUGAUGGAAGUGAUGAGAAUGAUGGUAGUAUCCGUUGUCCGAACACAUGCGUCAUGGGUGGGAAUUUUGCAUACAAAAGUGAUGACACUACCCCGUUUAGCGAAAUUAACGAACUUUCAACAGUCAGUGAUCUGGAUAACAUUUAUGCAAAAGAAACCAAAAACAGGAUGAAGUUGGAUGACUUGAUUCAGAAGCUAUUAGGUUUAAAGGUGGUGAUAAUCAUACAGCUAUUCCUCAUCAGCUGCGCGGUAAGUUUCCGGAUAUUCCAAAGGCGUGCCAGGUCUAGAAGAAGAAGUUAUCGCUGAGUCCAUAUGUUUGCUGCUUCCAGCUUGUGGGGAUUUUAUUGUGCCCGAACAGAACCUCCAGUUGCUUAAAUGUAACAGGACGGAAACUUGAUACAGCAAGUUGAUUUCAGCAGUGAAAAUGACUUUGAGAAUUUGCGGCCAGUGAGGGACAGAAAAGAGAUAUAAUCUUUUGUCAUGUCUUUUAAAUGAAAAUAUAAGCUUAGAUCAUCUCCAAUGCGAAUAUUAAUGCCGAUCGUAUAUUAGCACUAAAAAAUAUUAUAUUA